AUGUAUCUUAUCACGCACGCGUGGCCGGAAUAUGAAGUCGUCAAUGAAAUUAAUGAUGAUGAUUUGACAGAUGAGGAGGUUUUAAUCAACGACUCUUUGUUUGUUAAACCCAAAACCAAGAAACGUAAAUCUGUGAUAAAGCAUUUCGUUCGUUGGAAAUUUCGAUUUGAAUGGAUGACCAACCAAGAAUUUGAACCUUGGUGGGAAACCCCCGUGGAGACGAUGAUGAUGAACACAUUGAUGAUUGAUACUCCAAGUUACGAUAUAUGUCUCGUGUGUGGAAAUCCUUCCAUUCAGUUUUACGACAUUUGGAUUUGCCUCAAUCAUUUAUGCAAACUGUUUUGGAAGGUUUGGAAUUCGAACCAAAGAAAUUGGGAAUUCGCUCCACAAAACCUUACUUACAAACCGACAUUUUUAAACCCCGGGUUUGUUCCUAAAGAAUUGUUGAAGAAACCGCUGCCAUUUAGCAUUGUUCCUCCUUUGAUACCCACUGCUCAAUUUGGAUUUGACACUUACACUUCGCUACAAUGGAAAGGUUAUCACUGCCGAAGGUGUGGAAGGGUAUCAUGUCGCAUUAAAUGGAAUGGUUGGGAGUGUUUUAACUGUCAUAAAAUACAAUCUGCGCCGAGAUUGAUUAUUGACAAAUCAAUGUUGGUCGAUCCUUACCGACCAGUCUUCACUGGCCCAGCCACAGAUUGUGAUGGAUCUAUCUUAGAGGGCAGUGAUAUUUUUCGAAAACGAACCGUUUUAUCUGAUGGUGAAAUUUUAAUGGAAUACAAAUUUCCAGAAGGUGGACAUGUGUUUCAUUAUGUGUCGAAUGAAAAAACCAAUAAGUUGCCCGACAUGUUUUUGAAAGAAUUUCAGAAAAUCGAUUGUGCAAAUUUGAAAAGACAUCCUGUUAAACAAUUGUCGAAUAUGAUGGGAUCUUGUUUGUUCUCGAGGCAAUUCACUCUUAACAUCGGAGCGCAUUAUAAGCAAGCGCUCGAUUUGGAUACUGUACCUUGGUCAAGUGCCCCGAAAGUAUGCAAGGACUCUUUUGUGUAUAUGCAGAACAUUGUCAGGAAUUUUAUUGUUCCAAAAGCCAAAUUCAACCAAAUGCUCUCGGCUAUAUACAUGGAAGGUCAAAAAAUGUCAUGGCAUGAUGAUGGUGACAAAGGAGUUGGACCGGUCAUAGCGACCCUUUCUCUAGGAUCCUCCGCGGAAAUGAAAUUUCGUCGAAAAGUAAAAAAAGAUAAACUCGUGAAUGAAGUCGAACCAGCUGGAAAAAAUGUUGAAAUUGCGAGUCUAGAAACAACAGAAUGUGAAGUUGAGGCCUUUUCUACAUGUUUAGACUCCAAUAGGAAAAGGAAGUUAAUGAAUAACGAGGGCACUUUCCAAGAAAAUCAGGAUAAUCCCAAUGCAAAUGGAAUUAAUGAGUCCAAAAAAGGAAGGAGGAAGAGGUUCUCUAAAAAUGCGGUAGGUAGUAAAAUCAAACCUCAAGUCGAACAAGAAUUGGAAAGUGCUAUGAAUGUUCAAUUACCUCCAAUUAGAAAUUUAACCACUCCUGAAGAGGAUAAACUACCCGAAUUUUCAAGUAUUGUAUCAAAAUUAGAGGAAUCCACGAAUCGAUCUUCAUACCUGCCUAUUGAUAUUUCUAAGGUAUAUAUCAAAAGGAGAAUUUCAGGUCCCGAGUUGUCAUUAAUUUUGCAUCAUGGAGACUUGAUAGUAAUGAAUGGUCAAGUUUUACAAGAUAAUUAUGAUCAGUAA